GCUCGACCAUAUCUUGAAACGGUACAACCUUUCGCAAUCCAAUCGUGCAAGGGGAGCCAGGCGUCCAGUGGAGUGGUGGGGCGAGCCUGGCGUCCACAAGCGCGCCGACUUCCAACGCUCGACAUCGUCUUCCUUGACCAUCCCGGUCAGCAACUCAAUGUGCCGUGGCUUUCACGACGAGUGUCUGGCCCUUGUGUGCGUUUGCAUGUGGCUAUUUAUAGGUGGUAUCCACGCACGAUGGCGCAUUGCCGUCAUUUGAUAGACUACUGCGAUGCGAGCAGCACGAGCGCGGGCGUUCUGGCUCCUGGCGCUGUCUCCAUCAUGGACGGGGGCUGUCGUGAGUUUGCCCAACCUUGAAUUCAACGCCGCCCUCGGCCAGAUUCCCCACGCGUCGAGCUACUACAAGUUCGACUUGAACCCGAUCUUGGACACCAAGUACGUGCCUGGCAAUGCGAUCGAUGGCCUCGUCAUGCAGACGAGUUGGUGGUCUAGCGGCGCGGCCGGUGAAAACGUGUUCUUCCAAGUGAACUUUACGGCCGAGUCGCCUGUCAUCAGCAAAGUUGUCGUGCGGUGGCAUGGGUACAUGGCCGCUAGGACGUACGCGAUCAAGACGUCGUUUUCGGGGUUUGACGCGACCUUCGUCGAGUUCAACACAUUUGAAAACGAUUCGCCUGCGUGGGACCGCGUCGACACGGUCAUGCCGUGGACGAAUUCGUCCGUCAAGUUCAACUACCUCCGCCUCGACCUGCAAACACCCGCUGGAUGCAAUCCAAACAUCACGGUAGAGUGCAGCAACCGCAGGCGACGAUUGGCGGCAGGUCAAGGGCCGAUCUAUGGGAUUCGGGAGGUCGAAGUGUGGGCGGCUUCACAGAAGAGCGAUGCGAGUUCUCGGUAUGUCAGGCGAGGCUGGAUCGCAUUGGCGGCGGUGGCGCUUGGUGCCGUGCUGGCGGUGCAGUAGUAGGCGCCCGAACAUCCGGAACAUGUCCAUUUAUCCGAACAAUCGAGAAGCAUCCGGAAAAUGGGUAUACAUCCGACCAAUGGAGGCAGUUUCCAACACUGUUUUGUU